AUGACCCUGCGGGCGGGGGGCGCUCGGCUGCUCGGCGGCCUCCUGCUCUUCACUCUGCUCGCGGCCGGCGCCGCCCCGCUCGGCUGGGAUCUCCCGGAGCCCCGCAGCCGGGCCAGCAAGAUCCGAGUGCACCCGCGGGGCAACCUCUGGGCCACCGGUCACUUCAUGGGCAAGAAGAGCCUGGAGCCCCCCAGCCCAUCCCUACUGGGGACAGCUCCUCACACCUCCCUGAGGGACCAGACCCCACGGCUGAGUCAUCAUCUGCUCAGGGUCCUCCUGCAAAAGAAAGCUCUGGGCAUGACCCUGAGUGGCCCAGCACCUCACACCCAGCACAGGAGGCUGCUGGUGCAAAUGCUGCAGAAGUGA